AUGCAGAGAAAAGGGUCUGAGGCCCUCACAGGAACUGAGCUUAACGCUGCAGUGUACAGAUACCUCCAGGAUUCAGGAUUUGUGCAUACUGCAUUCAAUUUCUUCUAUGAGGCGGAUAUUGAAAGAGGCAACAUCCAGGGAAUGAUUCCACAAGGUACCUUGAUCAGGAUCGUGCAUAAAGGUCUUGAGUACAUCGAGUUGGAAGCAAAUUCUGAGAUUGGUAGCGAUGACGAGCACCACUUUUUUGAUACUCUGGACUUAAUGACCAAUGAUUUAGACGAGCUGAGAAAGAAAGUUACCAGCAGUUCGCAGUGGAAUUCUGUCAAGAAUGACAAAGAGCAGAAGAUCAAUUCUGGUGAGACUGACAAAGCGCAGUGUUCUGCUGAGACUACCACAAUGUAUAGGAAGAAACCUACGCGGAAAACAGAGGCUGUGCAGAACACCAAUCCUGAUGAAACUGCUGCAAUAGGUGGAACUCAGCCAAUGAAGCAUUUUAAGGCACAAAACAUCAGUUCUGCUGAGACUGCACAAAAGACUGGUUCUGCUGAGACUACCACAGGCCAGCCUUGGCAGAUUUCAUGGAUAGGGAAGAAACCUAGACUCAGAAAAUGA